AUGAGGCUUUUGGACCUAUUGGCCGGUGUUGAUCUUCCGGACUUCGACAUUGUGCUGAACCAUGGCGACUUGCCGCUCCUGAGGAAGGAGCUGCAGAGGCCACCUUUCUAUGGGCCGAUGGACAAGGAGGCGAGAAUCCCAGCCCCGCUCUUCAGCAUCUGUGCCUCGGAGGACUUUUGGGACAUCCUUUUCCCCAACGUGUGCCGGCCGGCCCUGGUGAACAUGUCCAGUAUGUCUGCGAUACCCUGGGAACAGAAGACUCCAAUUGCCUUCUGGAGGGGCACAGACCGUGGAGCCGUGAACUGGGCCAUCGAGGUGCGCGACAUGUACAAGGGCUCCCCCAGGAAGCGCUUCCUGGACCAAUGGGAGGGGAGCAGCCACUUUGACGUGGCCUUCCUAGAGGAUGACCUGCUCAAUGCCACGGUGGUCAACACCGAUCCCAACUUUGUGCCGUUGGACAGGUGGCCGCGGUGGAAGUAUCUUCUGGACUUGCCAGGCAAUGGCUAUUCGGGCUCCCUGAAGCAGAAGCUGACCGCCAGCUCAGCGGUGCUUUUUCUGAACAACGUGAAUGUGCCUGGUGCGAAACCUGUCUACGAGCACUACCAUGCUGGCCUUCAGGAUGGAGUCCACAUUCUCCUCCUCACCAUGGACAAUGCCGGUCAGAAGGUGCGAGGCAAAUAG